AUGUCUGGGAGAGCCAUUUCCACCAAGCUAACCAGGCUAUUGUCCAGCGUUCGCUGUGCUAGGCCUUACAGUGGCGGUAACAUCUCUAUAUCAGAUUUCGCUGCGACGAAGAAAGGAACAGGUAGUGGAUCCUUCAUUGAAUUACCAGAGUUCAAACCAUUGCAAGAUUCGAUUCUCGUGAAAAUUCCAAGCUCAUGUACGGUGUAUGGGAAGCUAAACAAGAUCAAUGCGAUUAGUUCUGAUCCACAGGCAAAGAAUGGACCUUUUCUAGCUCAAGAGUCCACUGGCCCAUCAGCAUUCUCGAGAAUAAUGACUGGUGAACAUCCUGCAAAUCUGAUGAUGGCUUCUCCUACUCCAAUGUCGAAUAUAACCGUUGUCAACAUCGAUACAGAUGACAAAGGGGGGCUAUACGUACCAGAUUUUGCUGAAAAUGUGCUAUGCUACAGCGGAGACUUAACAUUGGAUAAGAAAAGUCGAGUUGAAGGCUAUGGUGUCCUUGCACUUGCUGGAAAAGGUCCUGUGUAUCAAAUAAUAUUAAAGGAGGGCGAAGAAAUGAUGGUGACAAGCGAAUCAAUCCUAGCUUAUGAUUCCCAAGUUGCAUUAAAAUUAGUGAAACUGAAUUCUUCCUAUGGUUUCCCCAAAGGCGUGAGUGAGUUCUUGUCCAAAUAUUUUGCUCGCUACUAUGACCAAGCUUAUAUUACUUGGAAUAAGUGGUUUACCGGAAGCAAGAUUUACAGUAACAUUCAAGGACCUGGAACGUUCUUCUUGCAAACGCACUUCAUCGCAGGCUCCAAGACCUAUACCGAGAAGGACAUAAUGGAAGCUCUCGAUUCAAGAAACUAA